AUGGAGACUAGGUUUUCUAUAAAUUCACAAUUUAUAGCGGAUGGGCAGGCAUUGGGUUUUACAGGAGCUGACUUGCAGAACUAUGUGAAGGAACAAAGGGCGGAGGAGGAACGCAUAAAGAAGGAGGAGCAUGAACGAUGGAAAGAAAGGGAAGUAGUGGAAGCUAAAAAGAGGCAGGAAGAAUUGGAAUUGGCUAGACUUCAGGAGAAAAUUGUGGAGAAGGAGUUGCAGAAAGAAAGUAAAUCUGAAAACAAAGAAGGAGAACCUAAGAUCCAGGAUAAACAUAGACAUAUAAUUGAUAAGUUGGACAAGAGUUUUCAGAAUAUGAAGGAAGAUGAUGAUUUGAUUGGUUUCUUGACUCUAUUUGAGGCGGUGGCAACAAGAUGUUGUAUUGAUAAGAAAAGUUGGGCUAUGUUGUUAUCGUACAAAUUGACGUCGAAACUCAAGAAUUUUAUGCUGCAAGAUGAUCUGUUUAAGAAGGAAAAUUAUGAUGAAGUAAAGGUUAUGCUAAUGAGACAGGCUGAUAUAAAUGGAGAAACGUGUAGGAAGAAAUUUCACCAAAUUAGACCUAAAGAAAAUGAUUUCAGGGGAUAUGUAGCCGAUUUGAAAAGGGCACUAGACAAUUGGAUGAAGAUGGCGGAGGUAAAGGAGACCAUAGAAGGCAUGAAAAAUAUGAUUGUGACAGACAGAUUAUUAGAGAGUGUUUCAGGAGAAGUGUAUCGUCAACUUAUCUUAAAUAAAAGUGAUAAUGUAGAAGACAUGCUACAGGUAAUUGAAAGUUUUAAGACUGCAAGUUCAACAAAAUCAUUAUGUAAAGAGGAAAAUGUGUAUGUAAUGGGAGCUGCUGAAGCCACAAGUCAGAAUUAUGCUAGUGACAGGAAAGUCAUAACUUGUUUUAGGUGCGGAAAAGUAGGUCACAGGUCAACGGAAUGUUAUGUGGGUGGAGCCGGAGUGAAACCAAAGCAGGUGACAUAUAAUAAGGAUGGACCAAGACAUGUGUCAGGCACAAGGAAUGUGUCAUAUGGAACUUACAGGAGGCAGUUUGAUACUAGAGGAAGGAGAAUGGAUGGAGGGAAUUGGAGAGGAGCUUACAAUGAUGUGAACCAUGGUGGAGGAAAUAACAGAAGGAAUUAUUCAGGUGUUGAUUAUACUAAGGAGAAAAACACAGACAAGUCAAAGAAAGUGCAAAACACAGACAGAUGCAUCAGAUAAAGGCAUUUCAGGUAUACUUAGUCAGAUGAGAGAUGGUGUGUUACAUCCAGUGAAGUUUGUCAGUCGCAAGUUGUUGCCACGUGAACAGAAAUACUCUAUCCUUGAGCGGGAAGGACUGGCCAUUGUAUGGUCGAUCAAAAAGCUAGAUCGUUAUUUGGCAGGAGUGAAGUUUCAUCUCCAGACCGAUAACAAGGCAUUGUCAUUCAUAACAAAUAGUAAUUAUUGUAACAAAAGAAUAACUAGAUGGUGUUUAGCACUUCAGGAUUAUUGUUUUGAUUCUGUCCAUUUGAAGGGAGAAUUAAAUGUUUUUGCUGAUGUAUGCUCAAGACUUGUAUAAUUUUUUUUGAUCCAUUUGAGCAAUCAUGUACUUAUGUUAUAUUAAUUUUGAUAUUGAUCAAAUUUGAUAAUGUAACUAUGUAACAUGCAAACAGUUGUAACUUUAACUGUACAAUUUUGAGACAAACAUUAUUUUGUCUAUUGAAGUGUAUAAUGAAGAUUUUUUAUUGUUGAGGUAAUCAUAAUGAUUAUUGGUUGUUGAGGAUUUCUCAGUUGUUUUUCUCAGUGAGAUUUUGAGGUCUCUUUCUGUAAUUCUUGGAAACGUAUUUGCAGUAUUGAUCUUGGUGAAGUUGAUUUUCUGGAGAAUUUUCUUGCAGUUUUUAUGAUAACUGGAAUUUUUUUCAAAAUUGCCAGUUCGUUGAGGAGGGGGAAUGUCGCAGUUAUCUAUGUAACUGUUUAGUAGAAUUAGUUCUCUAAUUGAUAGUGCGGCGUUGAUCACUAUAUUGAUGACGUCAUUACAUUAUUAAUAUUUUCUGUGUAGACUAGAGGACUGAGCUUUUGUUGCUUGUCACAACUUCUAGUGACGUAAAUUUAGUGUGUGUGUGAUUUGCGUCAUUUAUCGUCUAGUACAGUCUCUCCAUUGUUUUGUACAACCAAGAUAGACGUGUGUUGAGAGCUCUGGAAUUUCUCCUUGGUUUUUGUUAUUGGAUAGCCUUAGCAUUUGCCUUGGACAUUUUCUUGUUGGAUUAUCUUGACCCCUGUUUAGGGUGAGUUUUAUUUUUCAUUGUAUAGUUUUUCUAUUUGAAUUCGUUCGUAUUUGUAAGUCUAUAAUUAGACUAGAUAUAGAUGAUUAGAAGAAUCCUUUCUUUUAUCUUCUAUAGGGUUUUAGCGUCAAGACUAAGUUUUAGUCAUAGUCUCAGUUGAAGACUCUAUUGCAAGUAUUAGUGUCAAGUCUAUAUGUUAGACUCUGUGUCAAGUCUCAGUGUCAAGACUUGUUUAUUCAGUCUCAGUUCUAUAUUGAGAGUACAACCUUAGGUCUACAGUCUACAGGACUGAGGUCUUUCUCUCAGUUGGUCGUCUGGUGUGCACGUGAAUUUGUAUAUGAGUCUGAGGUUCAAGAUUCCAGACUGCGGGUUGCAGUGGUCAGACCUGAUGGUGUAGUGUCAAUUAUGAACUUCUACUUUUUGGAAUUGUCGUCAGUGGACAGUACCUGAUCUAGAGGCUAGAUCUACAUAUAUUACCAGUUGUUGUUUUGAGAUUGAAGGACUAUGUGAUCCAUUGAACUACUUAUUAUAGUUAAGGUAAUAUACUAUGUGUUUCAUAAUUAUAUGAAUGUUCUGUAUCUAAGAAGACUAACUGGAUCAUUGUAGAUUACAUAUUAUUACAUAUUGAUACUUCAUACUAUUAUUAUCAGUCAUCAUGAAUCAGUCAUUUGUAAAUAUAUCACAAGAAUAAAUUUUAUUGUUAUUUACAUCA